AUGUUACUGGGGGUUAAGAAAGACGCACGGAAAUCAUCGAAUAUAUUCCCAGACAAGCUUGGGUCUCGAGAGAACAUAGAAACGCUUGAGUAUUCGCACAAAAUAAAGCAUACAAAUAGUAAAUAUAUAUUGAAACACACGCGAGAUUCUCAAGUUCCAGGCGCCAGCUACACGCCUCCUGGCGCCAGCUACACGCCCCCUGGCGUCAGCUACACGCCCCCUGGCGCCAGCUACACGCCCCCUGGCGCCAGCUACACGCCCCCUGGCGCCAGCUACACGCCCCCUGGCGCCAGCUACACGCCCCCUGGCGCCAGCUACACGCUCCCUGGCGCCAGCUACACGCCCCCUGGCGCCAGCUACACGCCCCCUGGCGCCAGCUACACGCCCCCUGGCGCCAGCUACACACGCCCCCUGGCGCCAGCUACACGCCCCCUGGCGUCAGCUACACGCCCCCUGGCGCCAGCUACACACGCCCCCUGGCGCCAGCUACACACGCUCCCUGAUUAA